AUGGCGGAAGCUCACCAGGCCGUGGCCUUCCAGUUCACCGUCACCCCCGACGGCAUCGACCUCCGCCUGAGCCACGAGGCCCUGAAGCAGAUCUAUCUCUCGGGACUUCACUCCUGGAAAAAGAAGUUCAUCAGAUUCAAGAAUGGAAUCAUCACGGGCGUGUACCCAGCCAGCCCCUCCAGCUGGCUCAUCGUGGUGGUGGGCGUGAUGUCAACCAUGUAUGCCAAGAUCGACCCCUCGCUGGGCAUCAUCGCAAAAAUCAACCAGACCCUCGACAGGACGGACUACAUGUCGGGCCAGACGAAGAACGUCGUGAGCGGCGUGCUGUUCGGCACGGGCCUGUGGGUGGCCCUCAUCAUCACCAUGCGCUACUCCCUCAAGGUGCUGCUGUCCUACCACGGCUGGAUGUUCGACCCUCACGGCAAGAUGAGCCGCACCACCAGAAUCUGGAUGGGGAUGGUGAAGGUGUUUUCCGGCCGGAAGCCCAUGCUGUACAGCUUCCAGACCUCGCUGCCUCGCCUGCCCGUCCCUGCGGUCAAGGACACCGUGAACAGGUACCUGGAGUCAGUGAAGCCCCUGAUGAAGGAGGAUGACUUCAGGCGCAUGACCGAGCUGGCCCAGGAUUUCGCUGUCACUCUGGGGCCAAAAUUGCAGUGGUACUUGAAGCUCAAAUCCUGGUGGGCAACGAACUACGUCAGUGACUGGUGGGAGGAGUACAUCUACCUCCGAGGACGGGGACCCCUGAUGGUCAACAGCAACUACUACGCCAUGGACUUACUGUAUGUGGUGCCCACGCACAUCCAGGCGGCCAGAGCGGGCAACGCCAUCCACUCCAUCCUGCUCUACAGACGCAAGCUGGACCGGGAGGAGAUCAAGCCCAUUCUGCUCCUGGGCUCCACCAUCCCACUCUGCUCUGCGCAGUGGGAGCGAAUGUUCAACACGUCCCGGAUCCCAGGCGAGGAGACAGACACCAUCCAGCACGUCAGGGACAGCAGGCACAUCGUGGUGUACCACAGAGGCCGCUACUUCAAGGUCUGGCUGUACCACGACGGCCGGCUGCUGAAGCCCCGGGAGAUCGAGCAGCAGGUGCAGCGGAUCCUGGAUGACCCGUCCGAGCCCCAGGACGGGGAGGCCAAGCUGGCUGCGCUCACUGCCGGGGACAGGGUGCCCUGGGCCAAGUGCCGGCAGACUUACUUUUCCCGUGGGAAAAACAAGCAGUCUCUGGACGCUGUGGAGAAGGCUGCGUUCUUCGUCACGCUGGACGAAACUGAGCAAGGCUACACAAAGGAGGACCCCGUCACGUCCAUGGACAACUACGCCAAGUCGCUGCUGCACGGCCAGUGUUUUGACAGGUGGUUUGACAAGUCGUUCACAUUCAUCGUCUUCAAAAACGGCAAGAUGGGCAUGAACGCGGAGCACUCGUGGGCGGACGCCCCCAUCGUGGGCCACCUGUGGGAGUACGUCAUGUCCACCGACUGCUUCCAGCUGGGCUACACGGACGACGGUCACUGUAAGGGGGACACCAACCCCAACAUCCCGUACCCGACCAGGCUGCAGUGGGAGAUCCCAGAGGAAUGUCAAGAGGUGAUAGAGACAUCCCUCAACGCUGCAAGUCUCCUGGCCAACGACGUCGAUUUUCACUCUUUCCCGUUUGACGCCUUCGGGAAAGGUGCAAUCAAGAAGUCGCGGACCAGCCCGGAUGCCUUUGUCCAGCUGGCCCUGCAGCUCGCCCAUUACAAGGACAUGGGCAAGUUCUGCCUGACAUAUGAGGCCUCCAUGACCCGACUCUUCCGAGAGGGGAGGACAGAGACCGUGCGCUCCUGCACCACCGAGUCCUGCAACUUCGUGCUGGCCAUGGUGGACCCGCACCAGACGGUAGAGCAGCGGCUCAAGCUCUUCAAGAUCGCCUCUGAGAAGCACCAGCUGCUGUACCGUCAGGCGAUGACCGGGGCUGGCAUUGACCGCCAUCUCUUCUGCCUCUAUGUGGUGUCCAAGUACCUGGCUGUCGACUCCCCGUUCCUCAAGGAGGUCUUAUCUGAGCCUUGGAGGUUGUCAACCAGCCAGACCCCUCAGCAGCAAGUGGAGCUGUUCGACCUGGAGAGGAAUCCAGAAUAUGUGUCCAGCGGCGGGGGCUUUGGCCCGGUCGCUGACGAUGGUUACGGGGUGUCCUACAUCCUUGUGGGAGAGAACCUCAUCAACUUCCACAUAUCUUCCAAGUUCUCCUGCCCUGAGACCGACUCUCACCGAUUUGGGAAGCACCUGAAGCAAGCCAUGGCGGACAUCAUCAGCCUCAUUGGGUUCAGUUCUAACUCUAAAAAGUAA